CGCGGCGCUGUGGGAUGCCCCGCCCCUUCCGGUGCCAUGGCUCUGCGGGGCGCGCGGCGCGAGGUGGCGGUGUUAUUGGUCGCGCUGCGCUCGCACCUUGGGCCUGGGCCGAGGGGACGGGACGCGCUUUCCGCCUUCCCACCCUGGGAGAACUGGAGCAGCAGUUUUAGUUUUAGUAUGGGGAACAGCUUGCCCACCCCUUUAGGACUGUCUAAUGAUGCUGCUGCCAAUCAAAUACAGGAGAUUAUUUCAGACAACUGUGUGGUGAUUUUCUCUAAAACAACAUGCUUCUACUGCAAAAUGGCAAAAAAACUUUUUGAGGACAUGCAUGUAAAUUAUACAGCUGUAGAACUAGACAUGAACACAAAUGGCAGCCAGUUCCAAGACGUUCUGGAACAGAUGACUGGUGGCAGAACAGUCCCAAGAGUGUUUGUCAAUGGGACAUUUGUUGGAGGUGCUACAGAUACUAAACGGCUUCACGAGGAAGGCAAACUGCUUCCAUUAGUUCAUCAGUGUCAAGUGAAAAGAAAUGCCUGAACAGCUGUCUGCCUUAGCAUUGUUUUCCUCUCUAUAAGCAGAAUUUCAGACAAGUUAGCAGAGUAGAGACACUGCGUCAGCUGGACUCAACAACUUCAACUCAUGGAUUUAUGAAUCAUGGAUUAUUCUUCAACACAGGCUUUAUGGGCUUGGUGUCCUUGCCUUAGCUUUACCACGACAAAGAGAGUGAUACGAAACAUUAUGUAACUUCGGGCUCUAAGCAUGAGAUAGCAACAUCAUUUUAUUGCAAUUACAUCCUGAUACUGUGCUUUGGAGACGUACAGAUUGUACCAAAAUAAUCCUGUUGGUUUUGGUUUUUUUUUCCUCUACAAAUUAGUUUGCUUUCUAGCUUUGGUCCAAUAGUUAAAAUAAAUGAUCAGUUUAAUGUUUCCUUUAAAUUUAAGUCUACUCUGAACAUCAGACUGUACUCAUGAAGAAAGUAGGAGGCAAAACAAGUUCAUAGUGAUGCAAGUGUGUCUACCUCUUACAUUUUGGUGUCUGAUGACCUGGCUACCUAAUUGUAUGUCCAGGUGCUACAAAAAUUGAAAUAAAGCAGCUUUAGGGGUAGGUAAUUGCUUCCAUCUGUGCUCUGCACUAUGACAUUAUCAGUCUGUACAGUGUCAUUCAGGAAUAUCCUGUUGGGGGAGCCAGACGCUUCACUGUCCCUGAUGUGUGAGGCUACAAACUAUAUUAUGAUCAAUCCAAUGCUUAUGAAACUAGAGACGAAUUAAAAUGGGUCUAAUAUGCAUAGAGUUUAUUUAGCAUUUGAAAUCUACCGUCUGAAAGCAGUUUACCAGCAAUUUUAUCUUGCAGUUAAAUGUCUAAAAGAAACGUCUACAAUUCAAUAGUUUAAGUACAAUGUACAUCCAAAGACAGACCAGGCAAUGCCAAGACUCUUGGUUACUUCAAGAAAGUUCAUUUCCAAGUAGAAAACUAUAUCCCAUUCUUCGGUAAAAGGGACCAUUACACUAUUAAAGGUGUACAGGUUACAAUAAAAACAUUAGUCCAUGAAUUUUUACUUACUUCUUGUGAAUAAGACUCCUGUUAUUGCCAUUGCUUUCAGCACUGUGUGCCCCUAAACUACUUCCCCCCCCCCCCCCGUCCUGUCCCCCCAGAAGAAAAGCAUCCCUUCUAUCUUAUCUCCACUUAACCAGGACUAUAGAAGUAUCAUUUCAAUUUACAGAUUCAUUUUUGUGAUACGAGUUUGAAAUAAGUUUAAACCAUAUCAUUUGUAGCAAGUCUUUAGUAUACAGUUGCCUGCACUGUGCACCUUUAACACGUAAUGAGCUAAUUAAACACAGUGACCUCAUUAUAUUUUUAUUAUUGCCAUUUACUGUAUUCUGGUGGUUUCACUGCCUUAUUCAAAUUCUAUUUAAAAGGAUACACUCAUUAAGGUAAACACAUGAAUGUGUAUCUCUACCUAAAUUUAUAUUUAAUAAAUCUAUUUUGCACAUACAGUGGUAACCAAGUAUUCUUUUUCUCUGUGCAGAAUUCUUAGGCCACGUAUGUUUUCUCAGAAAAUUAACGAUAAUUUUGCACCUGAAAGAUGAUAAAUUCAUAAUGUAAAAAUAGUUACAAUAGCAUGCAAAGGAAUUUUUCAAAGAACUUUUCAUUUUGUUCCCCGUUUAAAAAAAAAAAGUUCCAAAACAGUAUUCUAAAAUAACCCUUUGAGUUCUAAGUUUCAGAAAUCCUAGGGCAGUGUCACUUAAGGCAAUAUUUUACUCCAACAGCUGAGAAAAUAUGCUGUAUGCCUGCAGAUCCAAGUGAGUGCCCAUUUAUUAAAGAAGGUAUGUCUUAAGGCACUCAAAGGGUUAAUUAUAUUUCUUUUUAACCAUAUUAAGGUUCCCCAUCCAAACAGUUUGUCAUUAGUUUUGUAUCGUUUCAUAAAAAGUUGCAGCAAGACAGUGCCUUCAUUAUUGGAUGAUACAAAUUCAUGCUAUGCUAAAGUCUUUAAACAUGACAGGGCAGUCAAAGUGUGGUUCUACUCAAGAAAAAAAAAAAAAGAUGGGACUCAAAAGAAGUCAUUAAAAAUUGUCACAUUUUUUGCUUAGCAUUGUCUCUAGGACAAAGCUCUUUAUCUUAAAAUAAUGCUUACCCUGGGAUUUGAAUGUUCAAAAUUAUCCACUAGAAGAUUCUAUACUUAAGACAUACCUGCUCGUCCAGCUUAAAGAAGUGUGAGAAGCUGGAAACAAACAUCAAGUUAUUUAAGCAGACAGAGCUGUGAAUGCACCCAUCUGUUGCCUCUGUGCAGAAUUAUAUUCAAUGAGCAGAACUGCACUUUUAUAGGAGAAUGUAACAGAAGAGCCAUAUUUGUAACUAGUUGUGCUUAACUCUAUGUAACUCUAAGAAAACAGCUAUUUAUAUUAAUUAAUUGUUAAUGAAGCACUUGUAAAAUUUCUCACCAUACCACAUGUAUAUAUGCAAAUAUAUAAAUUUAAACUUAAAUUCAAAUGCAGGAAUACCUAAAGAAACCACACUUUACAGUAUCAACAUUAUAAAUCCAAAUGUAAGCACAUCCUUCUGCUGAAAUUAGCUAAUCUUAAAUCUUAGCUUUCAGAGCAGCACAUACAAUACACUGUCCUAGUGGUUUUUCUUUUCCCCAUAACUCUGACUCAGCAAUGUUGCGCAUUACACUGUAUCACUGUAAGACGAAAUCUACGCCAUUCCAGCAAGUCAUUACACCAGCUUACUUGCAGCCCAUCUGUCCACUGUGAAGCACUGCAAGUAGCCAAAAAGACCUGUAAACUGAUGAAAUGCUUAAAAAAGACCUAUUGAAAGCGCAAGCAAGACAAAUUAUUCUUUGCUUAGGUUUACUUCUACAUCCUAUUCUUUGAAUAUUGUCUCUAAUUAAUACCAUGAAGAAGCUACCCAUUUAUCCAGAAUAUUAAUUUAAAUGUUUUCUUAAUUCUGCAUAUAGCAGCAGCUUCAUAAUAUUGAACAGAAUGGAAAGCUCCAACCCACUAAACUAAUUCUAGAAAAAGGCUUUAAAUUCAGAAAGCCAAUUUUAAGCGGUUACUUUGUUUUAAAAAAAGCCAUUCACAGGCAGAUGUUGGAUUUUUGUAAAUAUACAAAGUAUCCUUCUGUCACUGAUCCUGAUACAAAGUUUUACCAAAAAAUCUGAUGGAUACAGCAAAUUAAAUAUUUUAUAUAAUCAAAGAAAAGGAAAAAAACUAUCCCAGUUUUUAAAUUAAGAUAAAUACUAUGACAACAGUACUAGUGUAAGUUACUAAGCUAAGCUAGCAUGCUCAAUGACAGCAAGAAGGCAUAAGAACAGAAGCAAAGAAAAGGAAUAGACAAGAGCUUGUAUAUGAAAAGAAAAAGUAUAGGCCGAAGACAACAAGGAGAUGGAAAAGCAGAAAAAGCCAACAAUGCGAGGGAAAAGAAAGGGCAAAGCAAAAGGUAAUACAGGGAACAAUAUAUGGAACCGAUACUAAUGCUUCUGGUGUGAUGCCUGUGAGUUAGGUACCUGAUUAAGCAGCAUGGCUUUUUGCAACAGAGAAAAAUAUUUUCCUAGUGUUUUUACAGACAGAACCAUUAUUAAAAUACACCAGCAUUUCUGGAAAUGUAUUUUUCAAGCAAAGAAUAUAUACCUCCUUGAAUAGCCUUUCAAGGCCAUACCCCUUUAUGGGCCACAACUAAACAAUAAUGAAAGAAAAACACCUAAUGAUUUAACAGUGGUUCUAUGCAGCAAGAUCUUUUAGGGCCAGUUACAGUGAGCACUUAGACUGGUCCUGCUGAACUCAGAUCUACGCUUCCUUCAAAACAUCUCUUUUAUAAACAUAUAGGAUUGUUAGUAAAGACCCCAGAUUUUUGCCUGUAAUCUAACUCUACAAGCAUCCCAAACUCUCCUCCUCCUCGCUAGAGAUCUAAAAUUCCUGACACAAAAUUCUAUUUCUUGGCAAAAUUAUUACUGUCUUUAUGCAAUUAAUUAGACAAUGCUCAUGUAUGCAUCACAGGGUUUUUAAGAAAUCUUGUGUGCCUUCUGCCCUCUCCACAUUUUUGAUUGUGUCCCUUCCAUGAAGAAACUUGACCUUCCUUGGAGCCAUUCAUGACAGAAGAAUGUUUUACCUCCGCUGUGCUUCCAACCAUUACAUCCUUUUCUUCUUUCUUAAAGCUAAAGUCCCUGAACAUUAUAGUCUUAGACACAAUAGUCCAAUAUUUAAGAACUGUUAAAGGGAUCACAGUAAAAUGGCAGUCAAACUGAAUUCAUGUUAAUACUUUAGAUGACAGGAACCCUGCAUUCACCCAGUGUACAGCUGCACUCUAUAUUUAGACCUUUUUUACUAAAUAUUUUGAAUAAAAUCAACUAUUUUUAAACUUGUUCCUGUCCAAUUUUUGCCAGUAAACUGCAGCACACAAUUAUAGCCCCAUUUUUAUUUUGUUAGUCAAAGUGUUCCUCCAACACACUAUUAACUUGAUAAAGUCAGUGUCUCCUCUUUGAUUAAAGGGUAGGUUAUUUAUUGCAUAUUGAACUAAUGUUUAAGCUUAGCAACUUUGUCUCAGCCCACUAUUUUUUUUUUAUCAUUACAGUAAUUAUUGCCUCUUUACAUGUCCAGAUAUUGGUUUGGAAAUUAUCAGUUUAGUUAAGUGGAGAUUAAAAUCAGGGCAAAUUUAUGUUACAGCAAAUGCUGUCCCCUAAAAUUCAAUAUAUGUUCAGAUGAUAGAUCUGGUCUAUGGAAAAAGAAUACACAUCAUCAUUCUUCUAUGCCACUUACUGCAAGAUAAUGACAAAACCAGACUGAAAACAGUAGAAACAAGGAUCAACACACUAUAAAGUUUCAGCUCUCAGCAUUUACUGCAGUUUCCUGUCUCUCAAACCCUUAAAGGAGGAGUAGAUGACAACAUGAUUUCACUGGUGCUAAUCGUACAUGGGAUAACCAACCCACUCAGCAUAUUCUAUUUCUAACAAGAUUAUUUAGUACUAAGAUACAGUAUUUAGGAGUAUGUUAUGUACUCCAGCAUGGAUGACUAUCUUUAACAUGGUGCAUGGCUACACAGUGUCAAUAGAUACAGGGAACUACAUUUUCUAUAAGUUCUACUGAAAAGUUCACCUUCACUUACACUCUAGUUCAAGGAACUGUAUUUUAAACUGGACUGCUUUCAAAGAUGCAACACUACUAUAACCAUUCAUUCAGUCUGUUAGUAACUAGUCUAAUCUUUUUUACUUGCAGUACAUUUGUGCAAUUAGCUGCACAAGGUUACUUGAAAUACCUGUUUAAGUUUUCAUUUUAUAUUUAGUAAAAAAUAUUUCCUAUUACUUCACAAAUACUACUUAAAAUAAGAAAAAGUACUUGUAAAAGAUACUUAUCUAUCAGUUAUUUUCAACAUCUGUAGCCUAGAAUGAAACACCUACUCAGAUGUUUGACUCCUGUGUAAUUUAAACCACAUUACUACCAAAAAACAACUGCAAAACAUGAGUGCAUUUAUUUGAAAUACUUAUUAACUGGUAUUGAGCAAAUUACUUUACUCCCCAUAUUCACAGUGCUUAUUUAGAAAGGAGUCUAAAAGUGGUAAGAAAGUUUUCAUAAGAAAUGGCUAAUUUUCUUUUUCACGCCAAAGUGCUAUGUCUCAGCUUUCAUAGGAACACUUGGUUUUUUUUUCCAGAUGUCACCUGACAAGGUGGUGCUAGUCCUGUAUUCUUCAAGCAUUCUACCAGACCUGUAUCAUACGAGCAGCGUUAAUUAAGAAGUACUACAUUCGUGCCCACUGAAGGUAACAUUCAUACCAUUUACGCCAUGGUUUUAAUAUCAGAAAAGACUUCCCUCACAGUUUUGAUUUAUUCAUUAUGGUAAAGUCUAAGGUCAUAGCAGAAUACCUUCAGUAACAUAUAAGUUAACAUUUUAGCACCAAGGGAGACCUCCAUCUGUGGAAUGCAAGCUCUGAAUUUAUAAUCAGUAUGUAUGAAGCAUAAUGUAAAGUGUUGUUAAGUAUCAAAAGUGUAAUAUGAACUUGAUUUUUACACUUAAAUGCUUGGGGUUUAGGCAAUACACAGUCUUACAUGUCAUUUACCACAACUGAGUUAUUUUUAUAAAUCCUUAUUAUUUUCUAACUUCAAAUACGCUGUUUAAAACAGUCAGAAUUAACAUAAAAGAAGCUGACAUAAAUAUGUCUCAAGGGAAGUUGUAAAAGCAUCACUAAAAAACCUCUCAUCUCCUAAGAUUGUGAUCUACUAAAGAGAUCUGUUAACUUCCCCCCUAUACACAAGUAUAUAAAACCACACAGAAUUAAAUAGAUAUACAUAUGAAUUGCUACCAAUUCCUGUUCCAAAGCGAUAAGAUAUUCCCUAGCUUUCUCCUUACUCACACUCUUAAUAUAAGACUGAAUUUAAAAAAAAAAAAAAUAAAAUCCAGUUUCUAUCACUUCCUAAACAAGAUUUUGAGAACAUGUAGGAGGCAACUGUACAUUUCAUAAAAGUUUUAAGAAUUGGUCACUAUAAACCAGAGGUAGUUUUGAAAACCGUUAGCUUGAAUUAAUUUAAGAAAUCAGAAGUAACGUUAAUCUACAAAAAGAUCUUUAAAAAUGAAAUACGCUCCUGUUAGGAAGAUCGUUUCUAUACUAUUGAAUACAUUCGAAAAAAAUGAAAAUGUUUGAUUCUGCUUUGUUACCACUCAGCAUUCUAGAGCAGGCCAAAAUACACACACUUGUUGGUCUUCCUCACAGAAAGGGUGUUGAUGCUUCCUGAAGUUGUAACACAGACCUAGCCAUUUCUAAUAUCUUUUUCUAGUAAAAAAAGAGGGUUUAGAACUUCCUGUAAAGGAUAUUAAUUCUAAAACAGUGCUACUGAAACUGAUUGUACAGAAACUGCCCCUCAAUUUAGAUAAAGAGAAUUACACUUUAUUCCUGAAAACCCAUAUGAUAAUCUGUCUUUAAAAAGAUUAGCAUGAGCUCUCCAACCUUCAUCGUUAUCAGUAUAAAAUUUCACUGAAUAACUUUUACACUGCAUCACAGUCACGUGGUCUCACAUGUGCCAGAAAAUACUUCUCUUGUAGGUUUGAAGUGUAACAAUGCAAACUGGCAAAAAUUAGUAAUUUGUAUAAAAUAUAAACAUUUAAAAAAGCUCAAAGAAAAAUCCCUUUCAACAAAGUUGCUGUUAAGCUAAUAUUAUUAGGAAUACUAAACCCAUUUUUUCCU